AUGGAAGUCACGUCCUUCGUGGAGCAUUUUGAUACUCGGACAGAUAUUCACAAAGCUAUGAAGAAUGUUGAACGUGAGCAAACAAAGUCGAGGACAGCUGUUAUCAAAAAGAUAUUUGGCCGCAAGUUCGUCGACAAAGCGUCAAAUGCGAAUGGAACCACCCUCGAUGUGUCAACUCAGUCGGCACUCAUGGGGAUGCAGAAGGUCCUAGUGUUCCCUUUAGACACUUGUUCGGUACAACAUUCGGCUCAGAUGCAUCUCCCUGGGAACGAGAAUAUAUCAAGCCGGCCUAAGACACCACAUCGGAAUACAUCAGGACCAGGACAUGAACAACCAUUUUGGCGUUCACAACGUACGAGAGCGUCUUCCACCCCCUUAUCGACUCUAGCAACACGUCCAUAUCCUUCUACCAUGGUGCAUAGACCACUCUCCAGCCAAAUGCCACAAAGUGUAGCAGUCGAAGACGUCAGGAAACAAAAUCUGACAACGAAGCAAGAUCUGACCGGCUCCAGUAUAAACCACAAUGAUAUGACCAUUGGGGACUUGAAAGAACGUAUCGCUAUGAGGCUCAGCAUGCCUUGUUCGAAAUCUCUCAAGCUUGUCAUCAACGGUCGCAUUCUCAAUAAUAAUGAUCGGAGCGCAGGAGCAAUCAAACGCCAAUGGGGCAAUCGACCUUUCACCUGCUUCAUACCAUCGCAGUUCCUCCUACGUCUUGACGAUAAACUAUUACAAUCAUAUGGUAUUGAGAGAGUGGAGCUUCGAAUCACGUCCCUGCCGCUCGCAGUGCACCUGAACGACGAUGGCUCUAUCGUCCUUGCAAAGAAAAGAAACAACCUUGAAAACCAAAGGCUAUCAAGAAGAAACUCUAAUCCAUCACUUCGUAGAUCGUUGAUCGCGCCACGCGUACCACCAAGUCACACUUCCUUAAUGCUAACCAAUGCUACUCCUUCCCAGGUAACGGCUGUUGUUCCUGAUAUUUUGCAUCGGCUUGGCGAUGCAGGCAGUUCGCGACACAGAACCAACGUAAUAACGACCUUCCGGAUAGAGAGUGGAGAUCAAGCUGGACAGGUCUGGCAAUCAGAAUGUGAAAGAGAACUGUGGGUAUCUGGACAAAUCCGUCUUGAACAUCUAAAGCACCACGUUCUGCGACAACUCGCCGAUGUCAAAUCUUUAGAGUGCAUCGAACUAAAGUUCAUUGAUGGGCCACUCAUAGACCUCAAGCCGAUGCAAUCAUGGUAUUCUUCGGAUGACCCGGACUCGGAUCGGAGACGAUGGCCAACUAUCAAGGUCCACCUUCGUGAUUCAAUCGCCUUGCACUUACCAGCACGUAACUGGACCGAGCACAUUUACUUCGACGAGGGCAUUAUCAGCAAAGGAACUCUUACUAUAAGAGACGUCAGAGAAGAAGCGAGGCGAGUUUUCAACGUUUCAAUUACUCAAAACAUACGACUGUUCCACGGCACGCAAGUUUUGGAAUUAGAUACUGCAAAGGUUCAUUUCCCCUCGUCCACUGGCCAACGUAGAAUCAUUGUGCAUCUCAGCGAUGCGCCGUCUCAAUUACUUUCGGUGCCCACUCCUCCCUUUCUUGACCUGCACGAUGGCAAUGAUCUCGUCGGUCUCGAUAAGGCGCCUUCAGAUAUCGAUACACUCACUCCAAUCAGAGCAGGUCUCCAAGGUCGUGAUUGCAUAAUUUGUGGCGACACAUGUGCACCGUACGACUAUCCUGGUCAGAUCUCCACAAAAUGUGCACACGAACCAUCAUGUUGUACAGAUUGCAUACAAGCAUGGAUCGCAAGCGAACUCGAGUCAAAAGGAUGGGACAAGAUCCGCUGUCCUGAAUGUCUCAUUCUUCUCGAACAUGCAGAGAUACGUUCCCUCGCGACCAACGCGACGUUUGAGCGGUCUGUCAUUUCUUUCGUGCCCUUUCACAUAGCAAACUCUGACAUCAAACACAGAUUCGAUGCCCUCGCAACCCGCUCAUUCUUGUCUUCCGACCCUGAUUUCCAUUUUUGCCUCUCUCCCACCUGCACAUCCGGCCAGAUCCACCCUUCCCCAUCCUCAAACCCCAUCAUGACAUGCGUAUCCUGCACCGUCUCAUGGUGUCUAACUCAUAAAAUGUCAUGGCACGUAGGCGAAACAUGCGCUGCCUAUGACAAGCGCCUCUCUUCCGAAGCGAAGGCGAAGCAGCGUGCGAAAGAAGAUGCAGAGAGUGAGAGUACGAUCAAAGAGACUGCGAAGCAGUGUCCAGGAAAGGGAUGUGGGUAUUGGAUCGAGAAGAAUCACGGGUGUGAUCAUAUGACAUGUCGUAAGUGUCGGUGGGAAUUUUGUUGGCUGUGCUUGUGUGAUUAUAAUGCGGUAAGGAGGGAUGGCAACCAUAGGCAUAGCAGGGAGUGUAGAUGGUGGGCACCGGAGGGGAAUAAGAGUGUGAGGCUUAUAGAGGCUGCUCGAUAG